AUGUCAACGUACACGGUACCGUUCGUUAUUAAUGGCGAGGAACGCCUCGUCGAGAAGACCUUCGACGUGACAUCACCUAGCACCGGCAAGGUCUUGCAUAAAUGUAGUAUAGCAACAGAGGCAGAAGCUCUCAUAGCUAUUGAGGCUGCCGCAGCUGCUGGUCAGCAAUGGCGAGAUACUCCCGUAGCCGAGCGUCGAGAUAUUUUUCUCAGGGCAGCUGAGAUCAUGAGCAAGAGGAAGGAGGAACUAGCCACGUAUAUGAUCGACGAAGUUGGGGCGGCACGCAGCUGGGCCGACUUCAAUAUCAACCUCACCAUUGAUAUGUUCAAGGACGUAGCGGGACGGACGGCUGCUGUGGAAGGCACCAUUCCUGCGUGUGUGCCGGGUAUCACAGCCCUGGUCGUGAAGGAACCGUACGGUGUUGUGUUAGCAAUGGCUCCUUGGAACGCACCGUAUAUAUUAGGCACCCGCUCGGUGCUCUUCCCGAUUGCGGCUGGUUGUACAGUUGUUUUCAAGGGAUCCGAAUUGGCGCCACGUACUCAUCACGCUAUCCUGUCUAUUCUCGACGAGGCCGGCCUACCCAAAGGAGUAGUGAACUACAUAGUAACCGACCCGGCUCACGCGCCAUCCGUUACGGAGUCUCUGAUCGCAAACCCACAUGUCAAAAAGAUCAACUUCACCGGAAGUACGGCGGUGGGGAAGAUCAUCGCAAAGAUUGCGGGUCAGUACCUAAAACCUCUCGUCCUAGAGCUUGGCGGCAAGGCACCGGCUAUCGUGUGGGAAGAUGCCGACUUAGACAUUGCUGCAGAGCAAUGCACCCUAGGGGCGUUCUUCUUCUCCGGGCAAGUCUGUAUGAGCACGGAGAGAAUAAUCGUGCAUAAGAAGAUCAGCGAAGCAUUCAAAGAGAAGUUGGUUGCAGCCAUAGAGAACAUCUUCCCAUCGAAAAGUGAUGCCUUAGUUUUGAUCAACGCUCGAGGCGUUGAUAAGAACAAGAAUCUCUUAAAAGAUGCGCUUAGUAAGGGUGCCGUUCUCCUCAACGGAGAUGUGGACGCUGCAGAGAGCUCAAAGACCAGGUUGAGACCAAUAGUCGCCAGUAAGGUGACACCUGACAUGGACCUAUACAAACAAGAAUCGUUUGGCCCAACAGUGAGUCUUAUUGAAGUUGAGACCGAAGAAGAGGCUCUGCGAAUAGCCAACGAUACUGAGUAUGGCCUCGCAUCCGCCGUCUUCACCGAGGAUUUAAAAGUUGGCCUGCGGUUUGCACGAGGCAUAGAGACUGGGGCGGUUCAUAUUAAUAAUAUGACAAUUCACGACGAGACGGCAUUACCGCAUGGAGGAAGUAAGGAGAGCGGAUAUGGGCGAUUCAAUGCCCUAACUGGGGUGGAAGAAUGGGUUAGAACGAAGACAAUCACCUGGAGAAACUAG